AAAAGCUUCAUUUGCCCACAGUCACAGACUCAUCUUUGGCCAUGAGCUGCCCCGAGUCUCAAAAGGCAGCAAGUGGGAAGAAUGCCAGUUCCCCAAAAAAACAAGUUAUCUUCAAGAAGAGCACCCGUGACAAAGCUCUGACCAUCUACCUGGGAAAACGUGACUUCGUUGACCACAUAAAGAGUGUGGAUUCUGUAGAUGGUGUUGUACUGGUGGACCCUGCACUUAUCAAGGGGAAAAAAGUGUACGUGACGCUGACUUGCGCUUUCCGCUAUGGCCAGGAAGACAUUGAUGUGAUUGGCCUCACCUUCCGCAGGGACCUUUUCUUCUCGAGGGUCCAGGUGUGCCCACCUGCUGACAAGCCAGAGACGCUCUCCCACCUGCAGGAAUCUCUGUUAAAGAAGCUGGGCAAAAAUGCUUACCCCUUUCUUUUUACAUUUCCAGACUACCUGCCUUGUUCAGUCUGCUUGCAGCCUGCACCUCGUGAUGUUGAUAAGAUCUGCGGGGUGGACUUUGAGGUGAAGGCUUUCUCAACAGAGAAUGUGGAAGAGAGGAUUCACAAGAGGAGCUCGGUGCGCCUGUUGAUCCGUAAGGUACAGUAUGCUCCAGAAGAGCUGGGACCCCAGCCAUGUGCAGAGACCACCUGGCAGUUCUUCAUGUCCAACAAGCCAUUACACUUGAAAGCAUGCCUCAGUAAAGAGGUGUACUACCACGGCGAGCCCAUUCCAGUCACUAUCACUGUCACCAACAACACAGAGAAAACCGUGAAGAAGAUCAAAGUGACGGUGGAGCAGGUUGCCAAUGUCGUUUUGUACUCAAGUGACUACUAUACAAAAGUAGUAGCUGCAGAGGAAGCACAGGAGAAGGUGCAGCCGAACAGCAGCCUCACCAAGACACUGACACUUCUGCCCUUGCUAGCAAAUAACCGGAAGAUCCAGGAAAUAGCCCUGGAUGGAAAGCUAAAGGACGAAGACACUAACUUGGCUUCUAGUACCAUCAUUAAGGAUGGAAUAGACAAGACAGUGAUGGGGAUUCUGGUUUCCUACAAGGUCAGAGUGAAGCUCGUUGUCUCAGGCAUGCUGGGAGACUUCACGUCCAGUGAAGUGGGCACAGAGCUGCCAUUUCGUCUCAUGCACCCCAGACCUGAGGAUAAGAACACAGCAGGGAAGGAUUGUGAUGCAGAGCUGGUAUUUGAGGAGUUUGCUCGUCAACAGCUAAAAGAUUUGCUUGAUGAUGAAGAAAACAAGAAUGUUUCUUCAGCUGAUGAGUGA